GCGUGAGUGUGUGAGUGUGUGAGUUCGUGAGCGUGUGUGUUGGGGUAGAGGAUGAGGCUGAGGAUGAGGACGCGCAGAGGAACGCUGUUAAUGUGUUAGAAAAGAUGAUGAGGAGCCCGACAUCAGCUGCUCAACACUGCACACCGCGGAGACGCUCACCUUCUACAGGUACGAGGAAGAAUCCGUGGUGAGGUGUUAUGCGCUGAGGGUUCGAACAUGCACACGGGAAAAUCGGAAGUGCGCAUCCGCUCGAAGUGCGCCGCGCUCUUGGGAAUGCUCGGUCACCAUCACGGGUUUGCCGACGUCGCCGAUCUCACGGAUCUGUGCUGGAAACAGGACGAGCGCGUGGAGCGCCUACAGGACGCCGACUUCCUCCGUGCGAAAACGGCGGCGGCCCAGGAGAAGGCGCAGCCGAUUAAAUCUCACACGGCGAGCUUCUGCAUGGCUCCAGGACAAGGACAAGCACACGUCGGUCGUGUCUCAUUCUGCCCCGAGAAGGACGGAGGGAGCGAGUUAUCAGCGGAGGAGUGCGCUUUACUGCGCUGUGGACUGAACCUUCCUGGUCUUUCUGGUUCUCAGUACAACCAGAGAACACACUGUGAACCGGACUCCAGGUCUUCAUCCUUUCAGCAAGAUCUAGGCUACGCCGUCAAGCAGGAGGAAUCGCUCGCUUUCAAGCCGUCAUCGGAUUCGUCCGAGUUCUCGCCGGAGGCGGACGCCGUGGUGUCCUCGGCCCUAUCAGCGCCGUCCGCGCCGUACGCGUUUAACAAUGAACACGGCUCCUCCCCUUCGUCUGGCGUGUCUCGUCACUCGGCGCUACCGCUGAACUCGGGCGCUUUGAAGCGACACUGCCUGUCCGGCAGGAUCGACACCGCCGCCCGGAUGUCAUCGUGCGCCAACGGUGUCGUUGAGCACCUGAACCCGUCUCCUCCCACCUGCCUCCUGUCUUCGUCUUCGUCCUCUUCCACGUCGUCGGCGGCGUCGUCGCUUUGCGAGGAUCCCGCGUCCAUGCAGACGCCGGCGCCUGAGAACCUGAACCUGCUCCUGCAGCCGCAGCGGACGUUUCUGAAACAGGAGCCUCUGGAUGACUUUUCUCCCUCCGAGGACGAUCUGUUUCAGCACCAGUACCACCAGCAGCAGCAGCAACAGCUCUCCUGCUUGCCUCGGACCCCCAUGCCCCCUCCGUACCACCUGCACCAGUACGGCUCCGGGAACGGUGCCCAGCUCCACCUCCCGAACCAGCAGGAGCCGUUAGGUGCGGCGCGAGGACGAGGGGAAGACGGCGGCGUUGUGUUUGUGGACAAGCAGACGUGCCGGUGGAUCGACUGCAGCGCGGCGUACGAGCAGCAGGAGGAGCUGGUGAGGCACAUCGAGAAAGUGCACAUCGACCAGAGGAAGGGCGAAGACUUCACCUGCUUCUGGGCCGGAUGCAUCCGCCGCUACAAACCCUUCAACGCCCGCUACAAACUGCUCAUACACAUGAGAGUGCACUCCGGAGAGAAACCCAACAAGUGCAUGUUUGAGGGCUGUAAUAAAGCGUUCUCUCGCUUGGAGAACCUGAAGAUCCACUUGCGCAGUCACACAGGUGAGAAGCCGUACCUGUGCCAGCACCCGGGCUGUCAGAAAGCCUUCAGCAACUCCAGCGACCGAGCCAAGCACCAGCGCACACACCUCGACACCAAGCCGUACGCGUGUCAGAUCCCCGGCUGCACCAAGCGCUACACGGACCCCAGCUCCCUGCGCAAACACGUCAAGAUCCACUCGGCUAAAGAGCAGCAGGUGCGGAGGAAGCUGAGGACAUGUCCACAUUUGGAACCAGACGACCUGAGCGAAUGUCUGCAUCUGCACGGCCCCGCCCCUUCGCAGCACUGCCCCGCCUCUUCUCAGCAUUGCCACGCCCCGUCCCAACACCCCGUUAACGGCAAGGACGGACGCUCUCCCGCGCUGGGGCAGGACAUAUUUACAGGCUUGUUCUCUGGCUCCAGCGCUGAUCUGCUCUCUCCCUCACCUCACCUUCCCCCACGACCACCCCGCCUGGACCGCGAUGACAUCAUCAACACUCAGAAUCCUCCACAGCUGCCCUCAGCACCCAGAGAUGGGUUAUCUGGUCCGUUGCUCUCUCCAGGAAUCAGUCCACUGAAGGCUCCAUCUCCGUCAUCCACGCUGGUGGAGAAACAGCAGAACCUGUCGUCCACACAGCAGCACCACAAAUCCUACUCCACCUUCCACAACCUCAAUGAAGAUUAUCGAGGAAACUUCCAGAGCUGCUUCCACUUCGGGGAGAAUUACAGAGCAGAGCAGAACAUCAACAACACUCACACCUCUGCAGAUCCUCACAAUUUCAACACACACACACACAACAACUUACACACUGGCUGCUCCAAUACAGGGUUCAGUUUGGUACCGGAUUUCGGGGCUUCCGUGUCUCAGUUCAGUCUCAGUGCAGAUGACAGCGUCUUCUUCCAGCUGGGAGCCUUCGAGCGCAGCCUGAGUCAAAUGUCCUCCGUGUACACGGAGACGUAGAGCAUCACUCCAUCAUAAUAUCACUCCAUCAUAUCACUCCAUCACUCCAUCAUAAUAUCACUCCAUCACUCCAUCAUAAUAUCACUCCAUCAUAUCACUCCAUCACUCCAUCAUAAUAUCACUCCAUCACUCCAUCAUAUCACUCCAUCACUCCAUCAUAAUAUCACUCCAUCACUCCAUCACUCCAUCAUAUCACUCCAUCAUAAUAUCACUCCAUCACUCCAUCACUCCAUCAUAAUAUCACUCCAUCACUCCAUCAUAAUAUCACUCCAUCAUAUCACUCCAUCACUCCAUCAUAAUAUCACUCCAUCACUCCAUCAUAAUAUCACUCCAUCACUCCAUCACUCCAUCAUAUCACUCCAUCAUAAUAUCACUCCAUCACUCCAUCAUAUCACUCCAUCAUAUCACUCCAUCACUCCAUCAUAAUAUCACUCCAUCACUCCAUCACUACAUCACUCCAUCAUAAUAUCACUCCAUCACUCCAUCAUAUCACUCCAUCACUCCAUCAUAAUAUCACUCCAUCACUCCAUCAUAUCACUCCAUCAUAAUAUCACUCCAUCACUCCAUCAUAUCAGUCUGUCACUCCAUCACUCCGUCACUCCAUCAUAAUAUCACUCCAUCACUACACCAUUCAAUAAAUCUGUUACUAUAGUACUCCAUCACUCUAUCUUUCCAUCUCUUUGCCACUCUAACACUCCAACACUAUUCCUCCGUCACUGCAUCAUCACUGCAUCAUCACUCUAUACCUCCAUCACUCUAUACCUCCAUCACUCCAUCACUCUUGUCACUGUUCCUUUAUCACUUCUUAACUCCAGCACUGUCAUUCUAUCACUCUCUCUAACUCUGCCACCGUUCCUCUUUCAUUCUUUCACUCUAUCAGUGUUCAUCUCUCACUCCCUCACUGUUCCUCCAUCACCCUAACACUCUGUCAGUCCAUCCCUCUGUCACUGCAUCAUUCUCUCACUCUAUCAGUCAUUAAGCUGCUCCUCCAUCACCAUUCUUCCAUCACUCCAUCACUCCAUCGCUGCGCAGUCUUGUCCCCUGUCCCCUCGCUCUCUCACUUCAACUCAUCUCUACUCUCCUCACCAUCACAUCUCUUUUUCUUCUCUCUCUCCUCAUUAACAGUGUAAACUCUCAUGAAGCCCCGGACUGACUCACCACAGCUGCUCUCACACUUGGCUUUUCUUUUUCAGAAAAAAACAAAUCUUUCCGCAGCUGUUUUAGUGCUUCGAUAUAUAUAUAUAUAUAUAUAAAUAUAAAUAAAUAAAUAAAACUGUCUCAUGCAACGUAAACGCUGUAACCGCCGGAACGUUCUCCUCCAUGUUUGUUUAACUCGCUUGCUUCGUCUCAGCUUGCGACCUGAUUGGUCAGGAGGUGUCAAAAACGUGUUUUAAGGCGAGUUUACCUUCUACAACCACAAUUCCGGCGUUAAACAAGGAACGCUUGAUCUAAAAAAUACAUUUUACACGUCGGACAUCAAACGGUGUCUGGCGUCCGACGUCUCCGCCUGUUCAUCACGUGGUUUAUUGUCUUACAAACAGACGAUAAGUACAUUUGUAGGAUUCUGGGUAAUCUGCUCACGUCUCGAAGGAUUUGAUCGCUAAAUUUUAAUCUCUCUCUCUCUCUCUGUCUCUCUCUCGGCUGAAGUGUAUAAGAAAUAUAUAGGCUUUGUGUGUAGCGUUGCUGUGUUUAUCAGUGAAUGUUUGCAGCGUGUGUAUUGCAUUUUGAUUUUUGUUUGUUUGUGUUUUUUUUUUUUAAACGCUCGAUGAAUCUGAACCGUCCACCGAACUCCUAUCAGAUGUAUAAAAUGUACAGUUUGUUAAACUAUUAAUUAUUGUGUCACUAUAUCGUGUCUCAGAAAAUAAAUUUACCUUUAAUAAUGCA